CCAAGGCACUGCCCUAGCAAGCAUCAGAAAUCCAGAAGUUAAGACUGUGAAGACUCUUCACACCAUCCAAACUGGUUCAUUUAUUCUUGCUAUAGAGUGGACCUUCGAGGAUUUAUUUUAAAAUCACAGCAAUUUUUGAACUACUUUCCUCAACAGAUGCUGAUUUACCAUCUGUCAGAGCUGCUGGGGACAAGCUGGGUGCUCCUUUCAGUGCCCUUCCAAUGGGCUGCAGAAGCAGGAGGACCUCUGGAAAAAAAAGCUGCCGCUGUGGGAUCCUCUGUGCUGUUUCCUGUGCCAGAUAAUGUUACACAUAUAUAUUCCGUGGAGUGGGAGUACCUCAAUGGCACUGAGUCCCGCUCCAUCCUGCAGCACUACAGGGGCUCUCAUAGCCCAGCUAUCCACGCACCUUAUGCCGGUCGAGCCAUUUUCCAUCCUUCCAAUGGAUCUCUCUUGUUGGAAGACGUACAGGAAACCGACAGUGGGAUCUAUAAAGUGACUAUCAACCUAGGAGAAAGUGAGAGCCUCAAAAUCCACCUGGAAGUCCUCAAGCCCGUGUCUCACCCUCAGCUCCGGAGCAGUGCCCUAGUGGCACAGUCCACUGUCGAGGUGUUCUGUGAUGUGGCAGAGGGCAGAGUGGACACCAUCUCCUGGAAGAAGGAUGGGCAGCUCCUUCCCCCAGACAGAGGUUUCUAUCUCUCCAGCAGCAUCAGUGUUUUGUACCUGAGGAAGGUGAAGAAGUCAGACUGCGGCUCCUACUCCUGCAACGCCAGCAAUGGGAUAAGCUGGCAAGAAGCCUCCCUGAAUGUGACCAUUGCAGGUCUCUCCCCAGCCUUACAAGAUACAUUGAGGAUUGCAGUGGUGGCUGUGGUCUUUGCUGCCGUCUCGGGAUGGGGCUUAAUUUUUCCAGUCUGUCAAUCAGAAAAACAAAGAAUAAGGGGGGAGCUGUGGCGAUGGCUCAGUGCCUACACCUGUGGGCUGGUGUGCAUCUCAUCUGUCCUGGCAAGCACCGCUGGGAUCCUCUGGAUGCGAGAGGAAGGCCCAUCUAUUGCCUUCAUACUGCCCGAGAUCCUCCUGACAUAUGUAGUUGUGGUAACACUCCUGGUCUCUGCCAAUGUGACAUUCCAGCCUACAAAACUCAUCCAGCUCAAAAGCAAAACAGUACAGCGCACGAUGGGCUACGCUGCUCCUGGAGGGGUGGUUUCAGUGGUGUUGACUACCAGCGUCCUGAUAAAGAAUAUCUACCAUCGUCAUGGUGAGAAGAGAUUAUCUAGAGGCCUGCAUUUAGACCCCCAAGGUCUGGCAAGCCCUAAAGGAUUUGUCUUAUUGAGGCUAAAAUUUGAUGUACGUGCUCCCUCUGUCUCUUUGAAUCUACCAUUCAGAAUUAGAUCUGCUCCCUCCAAAAUAUUUCCCAGAUUGGAGCUUUCAGGGGAAUGCAAGAAGGCUCCUAGAGAAAAUCCCCCAUUUGUCAUGGGCUCCUUUGAAAUCUUUGUGAAAGGACAUCUAGUUUUGAUCAUCUUUGAUGACCGUUGGUGCAUUUUUGGAUGUGGACAGUUUAGCUCUCUAUUUCUGUCUUUCUGGUUUGGGCUGAGUUUUGUGCUGUCAUUUUGUCUGUUGAAUGACAGAACAAGGUUGCACGGAGUUUGUGGAUGUGACCAUCCUUGUGGUCAGCACAGCUGUGGUGUCUGCCCUUCCAAUCCUGGCAAUCUUCCUGCGCUAUCAUACAACUCAGGGAUGUCAGAAAGAGGAACAUGACCCCUGGUGGCUGGACAAGCACAGGCUCUUUCAGAUGUCUCUGCCCAUCAUCAAGGAUCCUGUUUCUACCCAUUAGAGGCUGGAGGAAAUUCUUGUCUGGCUGAGUCACUCCAAGCAUCCUCCCAGGUCAAUGCUUACUGAGUCUGUAGCUGUCUGAGUUUCACUAGGCUGAGCCUCUUACACAGAGGUAAUAAAUGGCAAUUAAACAA